AUGAAGACGGUGGUGCGGGGCCUCGUGCUGCUCGGCUUGGUGUCCUGCGCGCUGAGCCACUGCCAGAGGGAAUGUUCCUGGUGCAAGGCCCGCCUGGGGCCCGCGGUCACCACCUUCAGCACCACGGCCUGCAUCCUCGAGUGCCAGGGCCUGGUCCCCGCCCAGGCCAGCUGGGCCACCUGUGCCCGCAUCCCGCGCUCCGCGCCUGGCAGGAAGCGGUUCGGGGGCUUCACGGGGGCGCGGAAGAGCGCGCGGAAACUGGCCAACCAGAAGCGGGUCAGCGAGUUCGUGCGCCAGUUCGUCAUGCUGAGCCUGCAGUCUAGCGAGCGCCACAACCGCCUGCCCGCCGCCCUGCGCGCCCGUGCACACCUCUAG